GCCGCCGCCCACGUAGACGGCCCGUGAUGACACGAGCAGCUUACCUGAGGGGACGGGAGUGCGCGAUCCGGACUUUAUUCAACUUACUACGCUCGGGGGCGGCUGCAAUAGAAGAGUGUAAAGCGCGUGCCCGUGUGAAAGUUGGGCUGUGGAAAUUACAAUCUCAGUGUGCAAAACCACAGGGGAGAGUGUGGUGUGAAUCAUUCCGGGACAAACUUGUGUGACUCAGAUUCAGUGUCCCCUCAGUCACAGAGUGACACCUACCAGUGCGCGGCCACGGGAUGUCAUGUUGUGGGGAGUAUCAGGUGUCAGAAUGUUCAGGAGAGAGACAAUGGAGGAUGUUGCUUCACAGAAAAUGCACAGAUAUUCCAUGGCUAGUGGCAUUUUUCCUGUUUUGGUCUGGUAUGAUGUUUAUCAGUGGAUAUGCGUUAACUGCCGGAGCUGCUGAGCGUCUUGUGUUUGGUUAUGAUAGCUAUGGAAAUGUGUGCGGCAGAAAAAACACACCGGUUCCUAAUGCUCCUUUUUCAGGACAAGACAUGACUGGCCGAAAACAUGUUUUCUUUUUGGACUCAUGCAAUUUGGAAAUCAGAAACUUCAAAAUCAAUUCAAUUGCUUUGUGCAUAUCAAGUUGUCCACAAGAACAGCUUAAUACUCUGCAAGAUAUUGAGUUAUUUGCAAAGAAAAAUGGUUCAUACCUUUGUUCAUACAAACUGAACUACACAGAGUACAGUAAUCAUCCACAGGCUUCAUAUUUGUGUCCUGUGCUCCCGGUCCCAUCAAGCAAAUCAUUUCCAGUGUUCAACCGCUGUGUCCCUCAAAACCCCGACUGCUACACACGCUUUGCAUCUGUUCUCAUAAAUGUUGUCAAUGAAAUUGACUUUUUCCAUCGUGUUCUCAGUGGGAUUAUGGCUGGAAGAAGCAAUGUGAUUGGGCUAAGCAUCCUCGCAGUAGCCUUAUCAGUAGUAGUGGUUUUAAUGUUCCGUUUCAUUGGUCAUCUUGUGGUUCAUAUUCUCAUCUCCCUUGUUGUUUUUGGAUUGCUAUUUGUGUCUGGAGUUCUCUGGUGGCUGUUUUAUGACCACAUGAAUGAUCCAAGUUUUGAAUUGAAAACAGAGCAGGAAAAUGCAAAGUUUUUGCUUGGAUUUGCAAUAAUUGAAACCAUUGUAUCGGUUGUGCUCCUGACAUUGAUGUUUGUACUGAGAAAAAGGAUCCAUAUGACUAUUCAGCUGUUUCAGGUUACAAGUAAAUUUAUUGGGUAUAUUCCGUACCUACUGUUGCAGCCACUGUGGACUUUUCUGAUGCUGAUCUUCUAUUGGAUACUGUGGGUUUCUGUGCUUCUUAGUUUAGGAACAUCAGGUAGCGCACAGGUCAUAUCAGAGGGACAAGUAGAAUAUAAACCACUUGCUGGUAUCCGCUACAUGUGGUGGUACCACUUAAUUGGCCUUAUAUGGACUAGUGAGUUUUUUCUUGCAUGUCAGCAUAUGGUUAUUUCUGGAGCAACAGUUUCUUGGUAUUUAAACAGAGCAAAAAAGGAGGUUCAGCAUCCAAUCCUGUCUUCUAUGUCUCUCUUGUUUUUGUAUCAUCUUGGCACAGCAAUUAAAGGAUCCUUAUUGCUACCAAUUAUAAGAAUUCCAAGGAUAAUUUUCAUAUAUAGUUCUCAGUUACUAAAUAAAUGGGAUAAGGCGUGCACCAGGUGUCCCUCGCAGUGUUGUUUUUGGUGUAUUCAAAAGUACUUGCGAUACCUAAAUCAGAAUGCUUACGCUGCAACAAUGAUAAAUGGAACAGGAUUUUGUAUGUCUGCAAAGGAUGCCUAUAAUCUUGUGGUAAAAAAUCCUCCUUCCAUCUCCUCGCUGACUUGCUCAGGUGUUGUCCUGAUUUUUCUAGGAAAGGUAUUUGUUGUGUGUUUUACAGUAUUUGGUGGACUUAUGGCCUUUAACUACUACCGGGAACUGCACGUGUGGGUCAUCCCUUUGCUGCUAGUUGCCUUCUUUGCUUAUCUGGUAUCACACAGUUUCUUAUCUCUGUUUGAAACCGUUGUGCACAGUCUCUUCCUCUGUUAUGCAGUGGACAUGACAACAAACGAUGGGACGUCUGAGAAACCUUACUUUAUGGAACACGAUCUUAUGGCGUUAAUACAGCAAACGAACACAGAGACAGUGGAAUUAAAGAACAAAUCUCUACAGAUUGGCGACGAUGGAACAGAAUUACAGGCGAUAGCAAGAGCAGACUAAUCCUUUUGUGGACAUGGACCUUAGGAAUGUUUUUAUUACCAAUAUAGUGUGGAUCUGCAAGUAAAUAUUGUACACUACCUCCCAUUUCCAGAUCAGUUCUAGAUAGAGUAUCAACAUUAAAAGGAUAUGAAACACAAAUGUUUGAUAACUCAGAUAAGGCAUGUUUCAACAACUUUCCAAUUUACUUAUAUUAUCGAAUUGGCUUUGUUCUCUUGCUAUCCUUAAUUUAAAAUACCUAGGUAGGCUCAGGAACAGUAAAAGCACUACUGUGAGCCGAUUGGUGGGUGCACAUGUUUACUUAGUCAUUGGCUUACCUGAUGUGUUCAUCUAGCCAAAGCAGUGCUUUGCUGUUCCUUCAACAAAGGAUGCCAAAGGAACAAAGCAAUUAAUGAAUUGGAAUGUUUUGAAAAUGUAUGCUCUGUCUGAAUCAUUAAAUAAAUUUGGGGGGUUUAUGUCCCUUUAAGAAUUCUCACAAUUUUUUUUUUUUUAGUUCUCAUUUGUGAAGAAAAUUUUUGGAAGGUUUGUGCCAAAAAUGUUGUCAAUGAUCAACAGUAGAAAACGCUUAAUCUUUUUAACUAAUAAUCUUGUAAGCCAAGUGGCCAAUGCUUUGAGUAAUUUGUAACAUGGUUAAAGGGACACUCAAAUCAAAAUGAAAUUGCCUGACUUAGAAGAAAAAGUCUCUUAAAACUACAUGAUCUAUUACUAAGUUAUGCACACGGAGGUACAGCUCCUACUGAGCAUGUGCAAUACAUCAGUGUAGCCGUAUAUUAGUCUGUGAUUGGCUCUCACAUGAUACAGGGAGCCAGCAAACCAAAAUAAAUUGCAACUGAAAAAUGCAUAGUGCUAUUGCAUUGCCUUAUUCACUCGAUUAUGCAAUUCUACUGCAUUUAAAGGGGGUAUGAAACCCAAAAUAUUUAUCUCAUGAUUCGGAUAAAGUAAGCGAUUAUUAACUCAUUUACUUCUGUUGUACAUUUCUGCAGCGCUAUAUGGCAGCGGUUUAGCAAGAGCACUCGAGGGCAGCACUACUACAGACGCCUACCUAGGUAUCUCUUAAACACACAAUAUCAUAGGAACAAAGCAAAUUUGAUAAUAGAAGUAAACCAGAAACUUUUUUUAAAAUAGUAUUCUUUCUGAAUAUCACACACAAAAAUGGUGAGGGGUUCAUAUCCCUUUAAUGGUCCUUUAAAGAGAGAGACAAUGACUUCAGGAUUGUUAUUUUAGCUUUCCCUGCUUGAUAAAAGUAAAUUAAUCUUGUAUAUAUGUACAGUAUAACUAGCGCUAAAUGUAAAUUCUAUGUACAUCUAAUAAGGUCCCCCCUUAACAAUUAGGGUUUGUAGUGCGAUUUUCCAACCCAUUAGAAGCAGCACGAUUUGGUUGAAUUUGUUAUACUGCCUGAAUUAUGAUCUCAUUUCUCUUCCUCAGUUCCCCUCAUUCACUGCCUCCUUACUUGGUUAUAUUGCGACAUAAAUCCACCUCUGAACAGCACUGCAGAUUGCUGAACAAUGUUUUGCUUUAACAUCCAUUCUGAUUUAAAAAAUUAGCAUUUCACCGUUGUAAAUAAACUUUUAUACCAUGCA